UGAACCUUUGGCAUUCACCGACAAGCUUAUUGUCACAAUGACGCCCAUCAAUCAACCUUUAUCUCCUCUUAUGAGCAGACCCAGGGUGACUGCAUCUGAUCGACUGGAGGCAGAUAAAGCCAAGUAUGUAAAAUCUCCGCAAGUGAUACAUCGCAGGCAGAACCCGGCCAUUGGCACUCUCCUGAGUCCGGUUUUAGCAAGGAAACAGAGCCCAUCCCUUUAUAGUGCCGGUUCACCAACUGAAUUCAGCUCGGCAUCAGAGUAUGAUUUCACAAGUCAGUUUGGCUCUACGAAACAAGGGCUAACAUCACAGCAAAAUGAUUUUAAUGAUUGUCUUCAUCAAGCAGCUGAAAAAUCAGAUCUGCAGUCACCAGUGCAAACAUUUAGACCAACAACCAUCUUCUCCCAGUCCAGCAACUUCCCUCCAAACAUAAGAAAGCAAGACAAUCACAGUGAAGCAUGCAAAGAUCACACACUUAGUCCCAGCAGGAAACAAGCCAUAUCUCACAGCUUCCUCACAUCAAACCAAGGAAAUGACCCACAGCCUCCCCCCAACUGCUCAAUAGUCAGUCCCCUCUGUCGGAAGCGAUUGAGUGGCAGAAGGCUGAAUCGACCUGAUUCUCUCAUUAUGUAUAGGCAAAAGCGUGAGGAAGCUAGCAAGGAAAACGAUAACGUGGAAGCUGGCCUUGUGAUUCGAUUUCUUCAAGGGACACCACUAUUAAGAAGAAGUACAAGAUUUUCACAGAAUCAACCUCAAACAUGCACAAAGGAUGUACCAGUUUCCCCCAAGUUACAAAAAAGCAGAGAGCAACCACUGGUGUGUCAUACUAACUGCACCAGCGCCCCUGAAGCCCAGGAAGUUACAGUCCAUGACAAACUCACUUUUGCUGAUGCACAAACAUUUUUUGAGAGCUGUGGCCUUGAGGGCAGCUUGUUAAACUUGCUUGAUAUGUACCAAAAUGGAGAGGAGUACACACCAUUUGGUAGCAUUGAAUCCAUGGAUAAAGUGAGCUGUGAGUUUGUUGCUAUUGAAGAAGAGAAAGCUGAAAAAAACCCAGUAUCUAUAAUCGAGAGGAAUGCCCGUGUUAUAAAAUGGAUCUAUAGUUGUCAGCGAGCACGGACCAAUGGAAGCCAUGAACACAAGCCGACACCAAAGGAAUCUACAGUAUGACAUCCAAACACAUUA